AUGACGGAAAUAAUGGAUUUAUCUCAAUUACCUGAUCAAAUCAAAGAUUAUAUAUCUAAGUUACAGAAUGAGAAUCAUCAAUAUAUGAAUGAAUUACAAUCAUUACAAACUCAAUUAAAUAAUUUAACAGCUGUUAUAGACUUUGCUGAUUCAACUAAAAUAGCUGAAAUAGCUGAUUUAAAACAAAGACAUCAACAAGAACUUGCAACAAUUAAUAUAUUAAUGGAAGAAACAGUUCGUGAUCGUGUUGAUGAUAUACGAGGAAAAUAUGAAACUGAAUUAAAUAUAUUAAGACGUAAACUUGAAAUAUUACAACAAGAAAAUCAUGAAUUAAGAUCAAAAGUUGCUGAUGAAAAAGAUAGUGUAUUAACAACAAUAUCACGAUCAUUACGUGAUAAAUUAACAUUAAAUCAACCAACAAUAGCACAAGAAAAUGAAAAUCUUGAAGAAGAUAUGAGAAAAGCACAAGAAAGUACAUUAAUGCUUAAAUCAGUUAUUAUUCCACUUGAAGCCGAAAUUACUCAACUUAAAACUUUAUUAAAACAAGCAAAAGACAAAAUUGCAGAACUUGAAGAAUUACCUCGUGAAGUGAAAAUAUUAUUUUCAUCAAAUGAACAAGAUUAUGAUCAAGUUUCAGUAAGUACUUUAAUUUUUUUUUUCUACUGUUUAUUUAUUCUAAAAUUUAAAAUUCCCAUGAAAUAA